AUGAGCAUGACCAAUCAUAAGCAGCUGUUGGUGGUGUUGCUUAUACUAGCUUCCUGGAUCACUUUUACACUUUUCCAAAACUGCACAAAGGAAUGGAGUGUAUUCAAUUUGACCAACUCCCUCCAUCACUGGAAUUUCAUGAAGUCCUCGUGUCGUGAAGCACCCCUGGGUCCAGCAGUCUCACCGACAGAGACUGAGCUGAGAAUAAAAGGGAUCCUGGAGAAACUAGAGCGGCUGAUGCCGCCCAGACCCUUCACCCACCUGAACGCCACCACCAGCGCCGCACACAGCACAGUCACCAUCCUCAACCCCCGAGACUCGUACUGCAGGGGCGAUCGCCUGGACGUCCUGCUGGAGGCGAGGGACCACCUGGGGCGCAGGAAAGACUAUGGCGGGGACUUCCUGAGGGCCCGCAUGUCCUCUCCCGCCCUCAAGGCCGGCGCCUCGGGAAAGGUGACGGACUUCAACAACGGCACCUACCUGGUCAGCUUCACCUUGUUCUGGGAGGGCCGGGUCUCCCUGUCUCUCCUGCUCAUCCACCCCAGCGAAGGGGUAUCAGCUCUCUGGAGGGCGAGGAACCAAGGCUACGACAGGGUGGUCUUCGUGGGCCAGUUUGAGAAUGGCACCUCCCAGGUCCAAUCUGAAUGUGCCCUGACCCUCAACUCAAGCACCGAGCUGUGUCAGUACCUGGAUGCCCAGGACCAAGAGGCCUUCUACUGCGUGAGGCCUCCGCAUAUGUCCUGUGCUAUGCUCACUCACAUGCGCUCCAAGAACAAGGAAGUGUCUUAUCUUAGCCAACAAGAAAAGCACCUCUUUGAAAGGUCAAAUAUGGGUAUAGAGAUCUUGGAAAAAUACCACACCAUUAGUGUCUCCAAAUGCACCGCAGAAACAACAGCCCUAAGGAAAGAGAAAUGCAAAUUUGGAAUGGCAUCCACGGCCCCCAGUGGGUAUGUCUGGAGAGACACGUGGACUCCUGUCUCCUGUCAUUUGGCUCCGAUCAAUACGAAGGAAUGCCUGCGUGGAAAAUUCAUCUAUCUGAUGGGUGACUCCACAAUCCGCCAAUGGAUGGAAUACUUCAAAAUCAGUAUCGACACACUGAGGUUAGUGGAUCUGCAUGAGUCUGGAAAACUGAAACACCAACUUGCUGUGGACCUGGAUAACAACAUUCACAUCCAGUGGCAAAAACAUAGUUACCCUCUGAUAGGAUCAAUGGCCUAUUCCGUCAAGGAGAUGGAGUACCUGGCCCGCGUUAUUGACAGAACUGGUGGAGGAAAAAAUACUAUUGUUGUUAUUUCUCUGGGCCAGCAUUUCAGACCCUUCCCUGUUGAUGUGUUCCUACGAAGGGCCCUCAAUAUACAUGAAGCUGUUCUGCGUCUUCUUCUGAGAAGCCCAGACACUGUGGUUGUCAUCAAGGCAGAAAACACCAGAGAGAUGAGCCACGAUGUGGAGAGAUUUGCUGACUUCCAUGGUUAUGUGCAGUAUCUUGCCUUGAAGGACAUUUUCCAGGAUCUCAACGUGGGCUUUAUUGAUGCCUGGGAUAUGACAAUUGCAUAUGGCACAAGCAAUGUCCAUCCACCAUUACCUGUUGUUAAAAAUCAGAUUAAUAUACUGUUAAACUACUUGUGUUAA